AUGUUGAACAGACAAUUUGUCAGAAGCUUCUCCAGCACCAAGAGCGUCUCUAGUUACGCUGACACCAUCAAGAACUUGAAGGUCACUAAGGACACCAAGGUUAUCUACCAAGGUUUCACUGGUAGACAAGCCACCUUCCACGCUGAACAAGCAAUUGCUUAUGGUACUCAAGUUGUAGGUGGUACCAACCCAAAGAAGGCCGGUCAAACCCACUUGGGCUUGCCAGUGUUUGCUUCCGUAAAGGAUGCUAUCAAGGAAGCCGGAGCUACUGCCACUGGUAUCUUUGUCCCACCAUCAAUUGCAGCUGCUGCCAUUGAAGAAGCCAUCGAAGCUGAAAUCUCCUUGGCUGUUGCCAUCACUGAAGGUAUUCCUCAACACGACAUGGUGAGAAUUGCUCAAAUCUUAAAGACCCAAUCCAAGACCAGAUUGGUCGGUCCAAACUGUCCAGGUUUGAUUGCUCCAGAUCAAUGUAAGAUCGGUAUCAUGCCUUCCUCAAUCCACAAGAGAGGUAAGGUUGGUGUCAUCUCCAGAUCUGGUACCUUAACCUACGAAGCCGUUGCCCAAACAACUGCUGUUGGUCUUGGUCAAUCCUUGGUUAUCGGUAUGGGUGGUGAUCCAUUCCCAGGUACUAACUUUAUCGAUGCCUUGACUUUGUUCUUGGAAGAUAAGGAAACCGAAGGUAUUAUCUUGAUUGGUGAAAUCGGUGGUACCGCCGAAGAAGAAGCCUCAGAAUUCUUAAAGAAAUACAACUUGACCAGACCUGAAGGUCCUAAGCCUGUUGUUUCCUUCAUUGCCGGUGUCUCUGCUCCACCAGGUAGAAGAAUGGGUCACGCUGGUGCCAUUGUUGCCGGUGGUAAGGGUGAUGCUAAGUCCAAGAUUGCCGCUUUACAAUCUGCUGGUGUUGUUGUUGAACAAUCCCCAGCCAGAUUAGGUAACUCUUUAUUACAAGAAUUCAAGAACAAGGGUCUUUUGUAA